AUGAGCACCCCAUACGACAGAGUCAAAGGCUCCGAGGAGCACAUUCUCGACAUCGGGGAGGGUCGGCAGCUCGCCUUUGCCCACAACGGCCCUCCCGCCUCUCGCGUCGUCGUGCUAAGCUUCACCGGCCUUAACAGCGUCGGCUCCGUCCCGGAUGUGCCCGAGCCAUGUCGGGAGGUGGGCGUGCACUGGAUCCAUCCCACGCUGCCCGGCAUGGGCAAGUCGAGUGCUAGGACGCCGGGCGACAAGUACCACGUAGCACUCGUACGGGACAUGACGACCCUCCUCAAUCACCUAUAUCCGACGGGCGACUUUGACAAGCUGUACGUCUGCGGUGGGUCGUACGGUACGGUACAGGCGCAGAUGAUCUACGGCGCUCCGUAUGACCGCUUUCCGGCGGGCCGCAAGAUCGCCGGAUGUGUUCUCAUGGGCGGCUUCUCCCCGUUCAAGUAUCACGUCGACUACGCCAGCACGCUCACAUGGCAUAGCUGGAUCAGCGUGGGACCGCCGUCGCAGUUCAUCCCCUUCCACAUCCUGCAGCGCUCCCUCAGCACCGUCCUCGCGUCCAAGUUCAAGACGUUAGACGGCGCCAAGGGCUUCCUCGACCAAAUCCUGUUCUCCAAGAUGGACGGCGACGAGCGCAAGAAACUGGCCGAAUUUCUCGCCAACAGGGGCCAGACAGAGGAGGAGUUUAUCGAGGCGUUCGCCAAGGGAGGCAUCCGGUGCUGCGAGCAAUGGGGCGGCUUCCACGAGGUGUCGGAUGUGAUCCACUCGGAUUGGGGCUUUGAACCCGCCAAGCUCGACGAUGACCACGCAUCUCGGCCAGUGCUGAUUGUGGGAUCCGAUAAGGACCCCCAGGGUGGAAGCACAAACGGGUGGCUGGCUGCCAACUAUAAGACCUCGAGACUCAAGACGGUUCCAGGAGGGCACCUCGCAUCCUUGUACUACCUGGACGAGAUUUGGCGCGAGAUAUUUGAGAUGAGCCGAGAAGGUGGCCUUUAG